UCUUCAUAACCACCCAAAUUCAACACAACACAAACAAAUAAGAUCUCAUUUCAUAUUUUAAUUCCCCCCCGUCUCUCUCACUCUCUUUCGCAUUUCAAAUCCUUCAACGCUGCGUUUUGCACUUUCGCCGAGUAAUCUUUCACUAUCACUCUACCGAAGCCAUGACCUCGACGGCGUCGUUUGCAGCUACCAACACUGUGAUUCCUAGUGAUCCGAAGCUUCGGAUUCGGAGCUUCACCGGAUUGAAAUCGUCGCACUCGCUUGCUCUCUCCAAGAGCUUUCGUGCCCUCCCCAUCCCGUACUCCUCCAGAGCUGCCUCGACCUCGCUCGUCAGAGCUGUCUCCACGCCAGUAAAGCCCGAGACUGAACCCAAGCGUAGUAAGGUGGAAAUAAUCAAAGAGCAAAGUAAUUUCAUAAGGUACCCACUUAAUGAGGAAUUGUUGACGGAUGCUUCUAAUAUAAAUGAGUCUGCUACACAAAUAAUCAAGUUCCAUGGGAGCUAUCAACAAUAUAACAGAGAUGAGCGUGGUGCAAAAUCUUACUCAUUCAUGCUUCGAACUAAGAACCCUUGUGGAAAAGUUUCAAAUCAACUCUAUCUGACCAUGGAUGAUCUUGCCGAUCAGUUUGGGAUUGGAACUCUUCGUUUGACUACCAGACAAACAUUUCAGCUCCACGGUGUUCUGAAGAAGGACCUCAAAACUGUAAUGAGUAGCAUCAUUAGAAGUAUGGGAUCAACUCUUGGAGCAUGUGGUGAUCUUAAUAGGAAUGUGCUUGCUCCACCUGCUCCUCUUGUAAGGAAAGAUUACCUAUUUGCACAGGAAACGGCAGAGAAUAUUGCUGCUCUCCUCACACCUCAGUCAGGUUUUUAUUAUGAUAUGUGGGUGGAUGGGGAGCAAAUAAUGACAGCAGAACCACCUGAAGUAGUGAGGGCACGCAAUGAUAAUUCUCAUGGAACUAAUUUCCCUGAUUCUCCAGAGCCAAUCUAUGGAACUCAGUUCUUGCCAAGAAAGUUCAAAAUUGCAGUAACUGUGCCCACAGAUAACUCAGUUGAUAUCCUCACUAAUGAUAUCGGUGUUGUUGUUGUUUCUGACGAAAAAGGAGAGCCUCAAGGAUUCAAUAUAUUUGUUGGUGGUGGUAUGGGAAGAACACAUCGAUUGGAAACCACAUUUCCUCGUCUGGGAGAACCUUUGGGAUAUGUGCCAAAAGAGGACAUUUUGUAUGCUGUGAAAGCUAUUGUCGUUACGCAAAGAGAACAUGGGAGGAGAGAUGAUCGUAAAUAUAGCAGAAUGAAAUAUUUGAUCAGCUCCUGGGGAAUCGAGAAGUUUAGAAGUGUCGUUGAGCAAUAUUAUGGAAAGAAAUUUGAGCCUUUCCGUGAACUUCCUGAGUGGGAAUUUAAAAGUUAUUUAGGAUGGCAUGAGCAGGGUGAUGGUGCUUUAUUUUGUGGACUCCAUGUUGAUAGUGGUCGUAUUGCGGGAAAAAUGAAAAAGACAUUGAGGGAGAUAAUAGAGAAGUAUAAUUUAAAUGUGCGUAUUACAGCAAACCAGAAUAUCAUAUUGUGUGAUAUUCGCAAAGCAUGGAAGCGUCCCAUCACCACAGCUCUUGCUCAGGCUGGUCUGCUGCUUCCUAAAUAUGUAGACCCCCUCAACAUAACUGCAAUGGCAUGCCCUGCUUUGCCUCUUUGCCCUCUUGCAAUAACUGAAGCUGAGCGAGGAAUACCUGACCUUCUCAAGCGGGUUAGAGCUGUAUUUGAGAAGGUCGGUCUCAAGUACAGUGAAUCUGUGGUCAUAAGGGUAACAGGCUGCCCUAACGGUUGUGCUAGACCAUACAUGGCCGAGCUUGGACUGGUUGGUGAUGGUCCAAACAGCUAUCAGAUAUGGCUUGGUGGAACCCCCAAUCAAAUGUCGUUAGCAAGAAGCUUUAUGAACAAAGUUAAGGUUCAAGAGUUGGAAAAAGUUUUUGAGCCCUUGUUCUACUGCUGGAAACACAAACGACAAACAAAGGAUGAAUCAUUUGGUGACUUCACAAACCGCAUGGGAUUUGAAAAGCUUCAAGAGCUGGUUGAGAAAUGGGAAGGUCCAGUAAGAGCAUCACCGAGACACAACCUGAAACUUUUUGCCGAUAAGGAGACAUAUGAAGCCAUGGAUGACCUCGCCAAGCUGCAGAACAAGUCCGCCCACCAGUUGGCCAUUGAAGUUAUCCGCAAUUUUGUUGCAGCCCAGCAAAAUGGCAAAGGUGUUUGAUCAUCAAUUUGUUUUCAGUUUCCAAUCCGAGAAAAUUUUAGGACAAGUAGUUCUAGAUUUCGGAAUGCAAAAUCUUCUUGGGAUUCUUUACAGGUAGCUUCUGUGCAAGGUUGCUAAGUUCUGCUUUCUUUUCUAGUUUGCUUUUUGUGCAAUCAUGUUUUCAAUGAAAGACUUUAAAACAGUUUUGCAGUGAUGUUCAGGGAAAUUA